CUAACUGACCCUCGGCUCGUGAGCUCUUCUCCUAGCCCAGACACGGAGUACCUCGCCUGAGAGACUAGUCUCCGCUCCACGGUGCAAAAUUGCUUCGAGACCGCUUACUUCAAUCACCAUAUGCUACCAUCAGGCAGUAAUAAGGGGGGCGGUGUUCGGAAGCGCGGCCGCUACAUCGCAUACGCGUGUAAUCGCUGUCGUGCAGCCAAAGUGCGAUGCAACGGAAAGCAGCCAUGCUCAUACUGCGUGGCAAGAGAUCCAACAUCUUGCCAUUACCGAAAUCCGCGUACCCUACAUGAUUCUAAUCAGCAAGAACAACAACGAUUUCGGGGCCAACAAAUACAAGAGGAAGACUCCCGUGCUGUGUGUAUACCGGCAGAAGGCGCCAGCGGGAUCAGCGUCUCAGGCUAUGAGAGUGUCAAGAUGCUGUUACAACAACAGAACAAUAAACUUGAUGCAAUACUUGAGCGCGUCUCCAACGUAGAGGCUACUCAGAGAUUGCAACAGCAUGAAGUUAAAGGGCCUUCAAGCAAUGCGCCAUUAGAUUGUGAAGAGCCACUUCCGGUGAUUCAAAGCUCGACAAGUGCAUUAUUUUGCAUUCACGUCAUUGAUGACAAUCUCAAGGCAUUAGAAGAGCCAGAUUUAGGAGCUCUGCAACCUAGAGGCUGCAAGCCGCCUUUGACAUCUUCUUUCUCCAUUUUGCAUGGUCAGAUUGUUAACAAAGUUGCAGCUGAUAUUGGCGAGUGGGGGGAUGCAGGAAUAAGCGUGGGUUCGUCCAGUUCUGGCCGCACGACUUAUAGCAGGUCUACGAAUCCGCUAGGCAGCUUAGAGAAUGCAGAGCUUGUUCGCUUGAUUCAAAAAUACGAUGAUGUAGCGGGAAUGAUGUAUCCAGUAGUGGAUAUAGCGAAGAUGCUGCGCUUGGUUGAAAUCGAUGGCCAUCUUCAAGGGCUAAACGCAGCGCCUGGAUCUCUCCCUCUAAGACGAAGCGAAGCAACCAUUCUUCAGAUGAUGGCUGCCAUUGCUCUCACAGCUGAAAAUGAGAAUGGUUCAGAUCUAAUCCAAAGCCUCCACGAUGAUGUGUUACCGGAUGUCCAACAUAUAGUCUGGAAUACAAACACUGAUCUCCAUGGCUUAAUUCUACUAGUACUUGUGGGCAUAUUCUAUUACAAUACCCAUAAGUGGCGCCUCGCUUGGCGUUUCUUGGGCAAUGUGGCGCGAAUCUUGGUAGAACUCGGCCUCAAUAGACAAAUGGUCCUGGAUAGAUCAUUCCCUCAGAUAGAGACGCGUACACAAGCACUUAACGUUAUAUGGUCUGUUUUUGUAUUAGAGCAACAACUAAGACAUGGAUUGGGACUUUCGAGUAUGACGCAAGACCUAACUCUGGAUUCAACGUUCCCCAAACCAGUUAAUGCACCUUACCUGGAUGCGAUGAUUCAGUAUCUUAGAAUUGCCAACCCUACGACUACAAUAAUUUUUGGCAGGCAUAGUACGCAGUUAACGCCUCAGGAGUUCCAAGAAGUUUACAGCUACUUCCAAUACCGCCUUAGUGAGUGGUACAAAAACAUUGACUGUGAAUUCCAGCUCAAAGCCGAAGGCAAGAGAAUUGAGCAAUGGAACCGCUAUCUUAGUGCUACGCUUCGCCUAAGAGCAUACGUCCUUCGAAUUGGGGUCGCGAGGUUCGUUCUCUUCGGGAAAGGAGUCAUAGGAAUGCCAUCCACAGAUAUCUGGUCCACAUGCGUCGACGCAGCGGCCUCCAUAUCAUCCAUUUUAGCCGCUAUAGAUGCCGACCAGCCGCAGUUUCAAUCUGCGAGACCGGAAUCCAAUUACUUCCUGAUCUCUGGGCUAGGGAUUCUGCUGCUUGCUAUUUCUCAAAAUGCAGUGCUCUCUGUAGCAGAGCGGCCACUGUCUCCAGAGACACUUCAAAGCGCUCAACAAAGCGCUAUUCUCUGUCUUAACCUCUUACGCAAUCGUGCAAUUUUUUCUCGUCCAUCUAAGCACCUUUGGAACAGAGUACAAAGCCUCGCUAUACGCUUAAAUCUCAUAAAUAGCCCGGCUACCUCAAACCAGGGCGCGGCGGCAGAACAACCAGAGGUCAUAAAUGAGAUGGGAGACAUCAAUUCACUACCACUAAUAGCAGAGCUAAACUUGGAAAGUUUUCCAUCUGAUGCAAAUUUUCGCUCUUCUAACUUGAGUGGAAUAGCAGAGAUGUCUGUGCUACCGAGAAAUAAUGAUCCACCGUUUGGUAUGGAUCUUGACUCUGCGUAUAUAAUUAACGAACUAAUGGCGGGCUUUGAAUAAAGGUGAACGCGCUGGGAAAUAUCAUACUCUUUCUCGUUCUUGUGCUUUUACAUUCUAUCAAGUUACCAUCUAAGAUAAUGAAAUAUUUCCGGACGCGGUUUAGCUGCGUCCGUACUUGUAGCGUCACCACUCUAUACAGGAGUUGUAUUUGACUUUAUACUGGCAUUUGUUUCCAGAAUAGGAACGUCGAUUUAAAAUCAGGUCC